AUGUUAGCCCUGAUUCGAGAGGAUAUCGACGAACACGCGGAUCGAUGGAAAGAAGUACUCCGGGCACCAGCGAUGCGCCGCGAGUUUCUCGGACGCGCGCCCGAUGAUGAUGACGCGGUCGUGAAGGCGUUCGCUCAUCACAACCGGGAGUCUGCCCUGAAGACCAAGCCCAAGGGCUACGAGGCUGACAAUCCCAACAUCCUUCUGCUCCGGCUGCGCAGUUUCACCGUCGGCCGCCCCAUCGCGGACGCAGAGAUGCUGGCGCCAGAUGCGCAGGAGCGCAUUGCUGCCCUGAUUGGGGCGAUGGAACCGUUGGUCAGUAGCUGA